AUGACUUGUCCAAAGUGCUCAAUAACACUUGAGAAUGGAACAUAUUCAGUGCAGUGUAGCUCAAAAUGCGGAACCUGGUACCACCUUACUGCUAAAUGCACUGGACUUUCCAAAACCAACCUACAAAAAGUGAAAAAAAAGGAACUCAACUGGGCGUGUGGAAAGUGUAAUGAGGGAUCUUCCUCAGAAGACUCUUGUUCGGAUGAGGAAAACAUUAUCACAAACACGAGAAAUACGAGAAAUUCAAAGAAGGUAUCAAGCAAAAAUACCAAAAUUACAGCAUCACAGAACAUUAAAUCACCAAAAAUUACUAAAACCGAACCCAACAAAACUUUAAUUGAUUACAUUGACAAAAGAUUUAACGAUCUUGAAAAAUCCUUAACGUUUUAUGGGGAUAUAAUAGAAGAUGUAAGAAAAAGCGUCGCAGUUAUUUCUGAUAACUAUAAAAAACUACAUAAAGAACAUGAAUCAACCAAGAAGAAAGUUGCAGAGUUACAAAGAGAAAUACACCUUCUUAAGCAAAAAAAACAUGACACAUUUGAUGAACACAAAGAAAAAAAUGAUGUGCUCAUUGGUCUUACAUCCAAAACUGAUGAAGAAGCCAAAAAUGACGCCCAGAAAAUUUUAAGUUAUCUGGAUGUAGUAACGCAAGAUUGUACUGUAAAAGGUCUAGCUGGUAAUGGCCCUAGGGGCCAUCCUUUCUUAAUUACUUUUAAAAAUGUACAAGAUCGCAACCAAAUGUUCGAUAAAAGAAAAUUAAAAGGAAAAAUUGAAUCAUCAUCUUGCAAACUAUCCGGUGACAACAGAAACAUUUAUAUUAAUGAGGACAUGUCAAAGGAUUCAAGAGUACUUUUCAACAAAGCUAGAUCCUUAAAAGAAAAAGGUUAUAAGUAUGUUUGGUGCAAGAAUGGUCUAGUGUUUUGUAGAGAAACUGAGUCUUCUAAAAUUUUACUGCUGAGAAGCAGUGAACAAAUAGAUAAAAUUAUAUCAGAAGUACCAGUGACCAAUUCCACACAAGACAAUGUAUAA